GACUUUAAAGGGGUGUUGGUUCCCUGAGAGGUGACAGAUGGGGUUUAGUUCCCUCUGCUGAGAACGCAUCGCGCAUCUCUGCAUUUUAUUUCUUGGUUUGUGUCCAACCGGCAGCGUUGUCCUCGUCGCUCUCACGCAGACCCCCGCAGAGGAAAAAGCCGCGCGUGUCCGCCGCUGCAGCCUUCUCGAAGCGAUGGGAGAGGCAGAGACGCGUCAGAAACUGCUGCGCAAUGUGAAGAAGGAGGUGAAACAAAUUAUGGAGGAGGCCGUCACAAGGAAAUUUGUGCACGCAGACAGCAGCCACAUCAUAUCCUUCUGCGCUGUAGUGGAGGCCUGCAUGCUUCAUGGACUGAAGCGGCGUAUUGCAGGUCUGCUCUGCAGUAACAAGGUUGCAUCACUCUUCAUGAAGGUGGCAAAAACCUUUUUGCCUGCUGAGGAACUCUGCCACAAGGUCCAGGAGGUGGAGCAGCUCAUCGAAAACAACAAGCAGAACAAUUCCUCACUCAGUAAUGACCGCAGUCGUCAAUCCAAGUUGGCCAACCUCACCCCUCAGGCCCUGAAACACCUUUGGAUCCGAACUGCACUGAUGGAGAAGCUCCUAGACAAGAUUGUCCUGUACUUGGUGGAGAAUAGCGGUGCCUUCUAUGAGAAAGAAGCCAUGCUGAUGGAUCCUGUGGAUGGACCAAUUCUUGCAUCUCUAUUGGUUGGGCCUUGCGCCUUGGAGUACACCAAAGUCAAGACUGCGGACCAUUUCUGGACGGACCCGUCUGCCGACGAGCUCGUGCAGCGGCAUCGCAUCCACAGCGGCCACUGUCGGCAGGAUUCGCCCUCGAGACGGCCUGCCCUGAUCCAGAAGAGACAAUCCAGCGGUAGCAUGGACGAUCGUCCUCUCAUGUGGGUGAGGGACUAUGUGGAAUCACUGCACCAAAACUCCAGAGCAACACUUCUGUUCGGGAAGAACAAUGUGCUGGUGCAGCCGAGAGACGACAUGGAGGCCAUCCCGGGCUACCUUUCUUUACAUCAAACCGCAGACGUCAUGACGCUGAAAUGGACACCCAAUCAGCUGAUGAACGGCAAUGUGGGGGAGCUGGAUUCUGAGAAAAGUGUUUAUUGGGAUUAUGCCAUGACAAUUCGUUUAGAGGACAUUGUGUAUCUCCACUGUCAUCAGCAAGUGAACAGUGGGGGGACGGUGGUUUUGGUGAGCCAAGAUGGGAUCCAGCGUCCUCCUCUACAUUUCCCCAAAGGAGGCCAUCUCCUCCAAUUCCUGACCUGCCUGGAGACCGGCCUGCUACCUCACGGACAGCUGGAUCCACCGCUCUGGAAUCAGAGAGGAAAGGGAAAGGUUUUCCCUAAACUGCGAAAUAGGAGUCCACACGGCUCGUGUGAUUCUGUGUCCGACAAGGAAGAGGACGAAGCAACCGAUUAUGUGUUUCGGAUCAUCUUUCCUGGCAAUCAGAUGGAGUUCAUGGCCCUGGAGCUGAUGGACCAGGGCGUUACUUUGUGGCAACCCACGGCCAGAAAGUCCUCAUGCUCCUCCUGCUCACAGAACGGCUCCUCCGAUGGCUCCCUGCCCAACGGCUGCAACCAGGAAAGGGCUCCCUUAAAGCUCCUUUGUGACACCAUGAAGUACCAGAUAAUCUCCCGUGCUUUCUAUGGAUGGCUUGCAUACUGCCGUCAUCUAUCCACAGUUCGUACGCACCUUUCUGCCCUUGUCAACACCACUAUAGUUGACCCGGAUGUGCCAUGCGACGCCCACGGAGGACUCUCUGUGGAGGUCUGGGGCCGGUUCCUCAAGGACAGCUCUGCGUAUGAGGAAGAGGAGAUACACAGGCUUGUGUAUUUCGGUGGUGUUGCUCCCUCAUUACGCAAAGAGGUCUGGCCCUUCCUGUUGGGACACUACCGCUUUACCAUGACGGAGACAUGCAGGCGAGAGAUUGAUGAGCAGAUGCGGACUGUGUACGAGCAGACCAUGAAGGAGUGGAAGGGUUGCGAGGCCAUAGUCGUGCAGAGGGAGAGGGAGAAACACGCCGAGGCCCUCGCCAGAUGUUUGUCCGGCGGCAGUGUGGAAAAAGGGCCAGUGCAGCGGGACUCCACCAUCAGCACCGAUUCGUCUCUAAGUAGCAGCUCAGAUCCACCGAAUACUCACACACAAAGUGAUUCCAUCAGCAGCGGCACACAGGUAUCUGAAUUGGUUGAGGCAGUGGAUCAGAUUGGGACCGAGCUCAAAGUCGGGGAAGGAGAAGCACAACAAAGUACUCCACUAAAAGACGUCACAAGUGGCACUGCGGACAGCCCCUCCUCCCCAGGUGCGUCAACUCAACAUCCGAGUUCAGCAAACAGCCCCCUAGAAACAGAGACGGCCGCUGGAGCGGCAACCUCUCAGCCGUCGGAAGCAUCACAACAAGUCUUACAUGAAAAACCCACAACUGGAUCACAGUCAGGAGGCGAGGAAACGAUGGAGCCGGGAGCCAAAGCUGUGAUUUCGGAGGCAAAAAUGGAGAACGUUUCAGAAGGUGAGAUGGUCAAGGACAGUGGAAUCAGUGAGUUGACAACCGAAUCAAAGGAAGAACCUGAAUUAGAAGAACGAAAAUCUGAGAAAUCUGAAGAUUUCAAAGCAGUCGACACAAAAUAUAAUUUAAGAAGUAUCCCAGAGAGCACUAACGUCCUAAAGCUAGAAACAGAGAUUCAUAAUGAAUAUUUUCAAGCACCUCCACUCGGGCAAACCUUAACUUUUCAAGCACACAAGAGCAAAGAUCUGGAAGUGGAGCCGCCACGUCGUCCUUUAGCAGAAAAAGAGGUUAAUCCAGAGGGUGAAAGAAAGACGAAAGAGACUUCUGAAAAAUCGGAGCCAGCUUCUGAACAAAAGGCCUGCAUCACGUGGCCGGAAAGAAAGGAUGCUGAAGGAACCGCCUGUGAAUUGGCGGAAAUCAAAAAAGAUAAAGCCGCAGAAAUUCCAUUCGAGAAACCUGGUUCAAAUUCGCCCGUCAGGCAGGUCCUGAAUGCCCUCCAGUCGGCGUCGAAGGGCAGCCUUUCGUUACCGUCCCACUCCCGGCAGUCUCCGGACGCGGCGGAUUCGGAUGACUCUCCUUCGGCCCUGGAAAUGGAGGACAUUCCUGCAGGGACGUGCGUGACCUCAGAUGACAUCAAGGCCAGGCCUCUGGCGGGUCUCGCUGCUCCACCUGUCCCCCCUGCGCAGAGACGGAAGAUGGCAUCGGAGGACCUCGUCCUAGAUCGCCAUCUGGACUCGGCGUGCAACACCAGCCCCGAGGGCACCGACCCGGGCCUCUCCGAAGAGGAGGCCGAGAUGGACAUCGCGCUCGCUGAACCCGAGCCCGCAGAGUCGGGAGGAGACACGAAACGCGACGUCCCCUCGGAAGAACCCACCUAUUCCCAAGAAACACUGGACAUGUACUUGAUCAAUUUACAUCGCAUUGACAAAGAUGUCCGGCGCUGUGACCGAGCGUAUUGGUACUUCACUCCCGAGAACCUGGAGAAGCUGCGUAACAUCAUGUGCAGUUACGUGUGGAAGCAUCUGGAUACGGGUUACGUCCAAGGCAUGUGUGAUCUGCUGGCUCCUCUGCUGGUUAUUCUGGACGAUGAGGUCAUGGCAUUUAGUUGCUUUACCGAAUUAAUGAAGAGGAUGAACCAGAAUUUUCCACAUGGCGGUGCGAUGGACUCCCACUUUGCCAAUAUGCGUUCUCUUAUCCAGAUCCUGGACUCUGAGCUGUUUGAACUGAUGCAGCAGAACGGAGACUACACUCACUUCUACUUCUGUUACCGCUGGUUUCUACUUGACUUCAAAAGAGAAAUGGUGUAUGAUGACGUGUACUCUGUUUGGGAAACAAUCUGGGCAGCCAAGUACACCUCCUCUGAUCACUUUGUCCUCUUCAUUGCUCUGGCACUUGUGGAGAUGUACAGAGACAUCAUCCUGGAAAAUAAUAUGGACUUUACAGACAUCAUCAAGUUCUUUAAUGAAAUGGCCGAGCGACACAACGUUCCGCAGGUCCUGAUGAUGGCUCGAGACUUGGUCAAUAAAGUGCAAACGCUCAUUGAAAACAAGUGAUGCUGCAGCUGUUCGCACAUCUCAUCUCUGUGGUUGAUCGCUUCAAGAUACUAACACAACCACACACACAACAGUAAUUUAUCCUAGAGGAAAGGAAUACAUGUAAAUCAAAUGCAGUGAUUGUUAAGUACUCAAAAGACAACUGGUAAUUAUUCUUGUUUUCAGUUGCUCCUCUCCUCUCAUCUUCGGGAGACGCAAUUGUUGCCAGUGAAUUUCAUUUGAAAGUGUUAAUUGUUCACCUAGUGAAUGUACCCUUAAUGCUUCAGGAUGUGAUUUGUUUUGCCUUAAAUUCAACUGUUUUUUCAGGGAUACAGCAACCAAAUUGCGUCACGGUAUUGUUCUUCUGAUAGGGUUGAUUGAGUUCUCGUGAUGCACUUGAAUAUAUUUUCGACAUUGCUGUUAUUUUCGCUGAAUUUGUAGCUAACGUGUCUAAACAUCUGCUUGGAUAUAUUUCGGUAAUAUCACCGUCGGGCAUUAUGAGAUUAUUUGCUUUCAGAGGAGGUUGUGUCCACGUCGUAUGUGCGGUUCGCGUCUCAGUAGCCAUUCGGAGGAUAUCUCGUCUCUGAGCCUCGAUGGUCCUGUUCCCCGGUUUGCCUCGUGGCUCGCAGGAUUUCCAGACUGAACCUGUGACCUCUGUGAAGCCUUGCAUGUUUGCACAUAGUUUGCAUCAAGUCCAGUCCCUUUCCUCUGUAAACAAACGGCCAUACUGGUGCCCCAACUCUCUCUGCACACUUCUCUUUCCCACCUCAACUUUGACAUCAGUUUAACGUUUUUCUGCCCUUCUUCGUCCUGCUGAUCUUGGUUGCCUUGUCUCUAGUUUGCUCUAGUUUGUUAUUUUGACACGCCUAAACUUUUAGCAACCAGUCUGACAAUGAUUGCUGUUAUUUUCCUUGAGUAACAGUGCAUUUCUCUUCAUUCAUGUCUAUAUCUUUUGAAGAAGAGCUCUGCGUGCAAAACACUUGAACUCUCAAUUGAGGCUUAAGUCAGUAUCACAGGUUCACUUUAGCUUUGACUCUUUUCUCUGUGACAUUUAGUUUUGUGUAAAGCUAGUUUGUGCACAGAAAGCAGCCUCCGCCUCGAUGGGCUAACCUAUUUCCCUUGGAAAGAGACGCCCUCUUGUGUUUAGCUUGUUAAAUCAGAUCCGGGGCUCUCCGGUUCCUUGGGGGCCUCUGAUUUUAGCAAGGUUGAAAUGGUCACUAGAUGUAUCUAUUGUACACCUCCUCACACAGUUUCUGUGCAUUGCGUCUUAACAGCUACGUGCGUCUCUCAUCUUGUCGGAGCCCUUGUCUGGUUUUCACUGUCUAGUAAGUGCAAAAAGGGUGAGGUUAAUACAUAAACGGUCAGUUCAGUGGUAGCUAUUCUGUAGUAUGUAGCCAGGCAGAUGGUUUCAGUUUUACGCGUGAAUGUUUACACCAUCCUCUGCUGCUAAUGCAACACCGUUGAAGGUAAUCGUUUGUUCUGCUGAUAAUUAACACAUAUUGGCAAAGUGUAUUUCCAGAAACAAUGCGCUGGACACCUCGAUGUCCUUCUUUAAAUUGGUUUCCCGAGAUCUAACAAAGCCUAAUAGGGGUUUGUGAACCUGAUCUAGAUUGCAGUAAUUCUAGAUGAAUUAAAUCUUCUAAUCUCCACAGAUGGAUACAAAAAUAUCUACCAGCAUAAGUAUGUCAGAAAAUACGAUUUAUUGGUUCCACUGUCAAAAAAUAGCCAUAACCCACCCAUGUUUGGUUCACUGUGGCUUAAAUACCAGUGUUUUGAUAUCUCUGCUGUGUCUCCACAUGAUCUUCUAAAACGUGCCCGAGUAUUGCUGUUUGUGCAUUGCUGUUUGUCGUCAGAAGAUUAACUGUAUACAAUGUGAUAAUAGUACAUUAUUUAUUAAAGGCAAUACGAUGUCUGUUUAUGGGCUUUAUCGGAUUAUAAAGGUAAGGAAGAUAAAAAUGUGCCAUUGGAAAUAAAUAAAUAUAUAUAUAUUUUUUCUGUCUUCUCAAAUUGUCACCUGGUAUAAUUAAUUUAUUGUGUAUUAAAAAUAUUAUAUUUUGCAUCC